AAUAGAGGCCCACGUAUCCAAAGAGAAGAGGCAGUUAAGCGAGUGGUCUAGCUUAGCUUGUGUUGAACUCAAACUCUUUUAAAUUAUCAAUACUCUCAAAUUCGAAUGCUUUAACAUAAUCUCGGCAAUGACGAUUACAGCUACGGCGGCGGCGGCGGCAGUAGUUGGCGGAGGAUCCCCUGUAAUAAACAAUCUCCAUCAUCGUAUUCGUAUUGGUAUUGAAUCGUUAACACCCAGGCUUUCUCGUACUAAUGGAACCUCCAGCUCUGAGUUGUUCAGUUCUCAGUUGCGGCCGCUUCUGAAUCAUCGUAAAAACAAACUCAAUUUCAUUUCCCGAGCAGCUGAUUCUGCAUCUACUCAACCUGCUGCUGCACCCAAUAAGUCCUCUCUGGUAACCGAUGAGGAAUUCUCUCUUGCCAAGGUUUCUUUUGGUGUCAUUGGCUUAUAUGGUGGAGUGUCACUUCUUGGAUAUGGUUUUGGAGCAUACUUUAACAUCCUUCCUGGAUCUGAAUGGUCUGCAAUAAUGCUAACUUAUGGAUUUCCUCUUGCAAUUAUUGGCAUGGCUCUUAAGUAUGCAGAACUUAAACCAGUUCCAUGUGUGACUUAUGCUGAUGCUCAAACAAUAAGGGAGAAAUGCGCCACUCCAAUCCUUAAGCAGGUCAGGAAUGAUGUUAUCAGAUACCGAUAUGGUGAUGAACAACACUUGGAAGAGGCACUUAAACGAAUUUUUCAGUAUGGUUUGGGUGGAGGGAUCGCGCGUAGAAGUGCUCCAACUUUACAAAUGAUUCGUGAAGAGGUCACGGAAAAUGGUAGAUACUGUUUAGUGUUAGUGUUUGAAGCAAAAGACCUACAAUUGUCUGAUUUUGAGAAAAGACAGGCAAAGUUUGCUUCUUUCUUUGGACCAGAUAUAUCAGCUGAAGUUGUUGAGGGAGAAGGGAAUUUGUACGAAGUUCGUCUCAUCUCUGAUACAACUUUGUAGUCAUCUUUGUAGAUUGAUGCCUAGAGACGCUGCUGAUCAGUUCCAACAUCAUUUCAUGAAAAAAAAUUUAGUCAACACAAAUCACUUGUAAAUUGUUCUAUAUAUGUACUAGAAUGCAAUUUGUUUAAAAGUUUUGAACAUUAUUGUUGUAUGCUUUAACCCCCAUCAUCUCUCAUCUUCAUCAAUAACAUCAUUUACAAUAUUUUUAAA